UUUCCCAGUUCCCACCAUCCUCAAGAAAAAAAAUCUCUAUAUCCCUCAGUCCCACUCCCCUCCCAAAAUCCUCGCGCAAUCACACCCACAGUCGCCUCUGCCAUUUCUCCAGCGUUCUUCCCCGCCCCCGCCGCCGCCGCCGCCGCCGGGACCCUGCCCAUUAGGGUCUCCGUCUACGGCAGCGGCGUUGUGCCACAGCUCCUGCCGGUCCCCCGGUGGCAUCUCCUUCGGCGGACCCUUCGCAUUUGCCUACAGCUCCGUGACCGCCGGUUUGUUCUCGCCGGAGCGGCAUAUCUGCUUCCCUGCGCUACACUGCUCAGACUGGUGAAGAAUCGAAGAGGUUGCGGUGGAGAUGGGAGAGGCCAUAUUCGGUAACCUCAACGCCCUCCUACACCGCCGUGUAGCUUCAGAAGCCCGUGCUCUCUGUCUCCGCUUAGGCGAAGCUGGUGUCCGGAUCUGAUGCACCGGCGAGGCGGCCGGAGUUGGAGAUCGGGGAGUGGCAUAGCUCCGACGACGGCGUCCGUGUCACAGCUUCCGCUCGCCCUCGCGUGUGAAAUCUCCGUCAGCAGGGUAGGCGAAGAAUCACCGCUCUUGGUCCACUUCUACUACAUUCCUUCCUUCCACAAGCAGACGACGGCGCUUCAGUUGGAUCCCUUUACUGCGCGGGCCUACAAAUUGGCAUUUCGCCGACGGCAUUAACCACCGGAGUACGGCAUUCGCCACAGCAGACAAGCGGCCGUCCGAUGGCAGCAGUCAUCUCCUCUGCCGUCGUGGUCGCUCUGUUCUGCCUGCUCGCGGCCCAUGGAUGUUGCGGCUGCGGCUUUCUGCCUGAUCUGUUCUGUUACCCACCUCCACCUGCGCCCACCACCAAUGUCCCUGCAACCAAUGUCCCCGCAACCAAUGUCCCGGCCACCAUUGUCCCCGCCUCCAAUUCCAGCUCCGGCGGCACCAAUGCAGACGACGGCAGCUGGAUCGCUGCCAGGGCCACCUGGUACGGCGCUCCAAACGGCGCCGGGCCGUAUGACAACGGUGGUGCUUGCGGGUUCAAGAACGUGAACCAGUACCCCUUCUCCUCCAUGACGUCGUGCGGCAACCAGCCCAUCUUCAAGGACGGCAAGGGGUGCGGCGCAUGCUACCAGAUUAGGUGCCUGGCCCACCGUGCCUGCUCCGGCGUGCCGGAGACGGUGAUCAUCACGGACAUGAACUACUACCCGGUCUCGCGCUACCACUUCGACCUCAGCGGCACCGCCUUCGGCCGCAUGGCCAAGUACGGCCGCAACGACGAGCUCCGACACGCCGGCAUCAUCGACAUGCAGUUCAAGAGGGUGCCCUGCCAGUACCCGGGGCUCACGGUGACGUUCCGCGUGCAGCACGGCUCCAACCCCAACUACCUGGCCAUCCUGGUGGAGUACGAGGACGGCGACGGCGACGCCGUGCAGGUGGACAUCAUGGAGUCGCGGCUGCCGGACAGGGUGCCCACGGGGUUCUGGACGCCGAUGAAGGAGUCCUGGGGCUCCAUCUGGCGCCUCGACAGGCUCCGCCCGCUGCAGGGCCCGUUCUCGCUGCGUGUCACCGACGAGUCCGGCAGGUCGCUCGUCGCCGACCAGGUCAUCCCCGCCUUCUGGCAGCCCAACGCCGCCUACAGGUCCUUCGUCCAAUUCGACGAGACGCUGCCGACGUCUCUUGUGACAUCCGGUGCCAACAGUGUGACAUCUCGUGCAAGCCGUCGUCUUGUUCUACCUAUGUAUUCUGGCCCGCUCACGUAUCUGUGGCGCUGUGUACGUUCGAUACUGUCUCUAUGAUCUAUUCUGGAAGAAGAAGCUGGUAUAUUGUUGCCAACAAUGGCAGAGAUGAACUCACAGGAACACGAACAAGGCAACCAGAGAGAGACAGAGUAUUUUGCGUGGUGUACAA